AUGGAGCUGACGGACACUGAGCAACAAUUCAUGGAGAAAGCAUUUGAAUACGCGUAUGAAGCUCUGGCUGCUAAGGAAGUCCCUGUGGGGUGUAUUUUUGUCUACAAGGACGAAAUUGUGGCGCUGGGGCGAAACACGGUGAACGAGAGUCGGAACGCCACCAGACAUGCUGAAAUUAACUGUAUUGAGCAAGUUACGGACUAUUGUAGAGACAAGGGUUUGGAUUUGGGGGCGGCGUUCCGCCAAGUGUGUGUUUACGUGACUGUAGAACCGUGUAUCAUGUGUAUUAAUGCUUUGUAUGACUUGGGGGUGCACAGUGUCGUUUUUGGUUGUAAAAAUGACAGAUUUGGGGGACAGACUGUUUUUGACGUUGGUAGUGUUAGACAGGCGCCUACUAGGAUUACAGGUGGGUGGAGAGCUGAGGAAGCUAUGAACCUAUUGAAGGAGUUUUACAAGGGGGUUAAUCCCAGUGCGCCCCCUUCUAAGGUUAAAGUUAGGGGGAAAAAGACGACACUAAUAUUUUGGAAGGAAUCUGUGACCAGUACUUCUGGAAAGUCAUCCAGUUGUUGAGCCCGGAAAUCAUAAUAGGGAUAGGACGGUAUGCCGAAAAACGCGCUAUUUUGACCCUAAAGAACAACGACAGUGACGUUAAAGUGCUCAA